AUGUGGGGGUUCACCAGUUCACUCCUGCGAGUGGCUGCGUCAGGUCAGGUGCUUGCUGCUGCGUCCCGGUCAGGUCCUGAGUCUGCCCCCUAUUCUUGUCGCCUCCUGUCUCACGAGACUCUCCUGUGGCACCACCGUCUUGGCCACCCCUCCUUGCCCCGUCUUCGGAGCAUGGCUUCCCGUGUCCUUGUCUCUGGUCUUCCCCAGUCUCUCCCUCCUCUCCCCUCCAGGCCAGGACCUUCCUGUGUCCCCUGUGUCGAGGGUCGCCUCCGGGCUACUCCUCACUCCUCCCACUUCCCCCCGACAGAGGCUCCCCUGCAGACGCUUCACAUGGAUGUGUGGGGCCCAGCCCCCGUCCGUGGGCAGGGUCACGAGCGCUACUUCCUGUUGGUGGUUGACGACUACUCGCGUUACACCAUAGUCCUCCCCUUGCGCAGCAAGGGUGCGGUCACUGAGGUGCUGAUCGACUGGAUCCGUGAGGCUCGUCUCCAGCUCAGGAAGAGCUUCGGCUCGGACUUUCCUGUUCUGCGUCUGCACUCGGACAGAGGCGAAGAGUUCUCUUCUCGCCUUCUGCGAGACUACUGUCGUGCACGGGGGAUCCGCCAGACCUUCACGCUUCCGGACUCACCACAGCAAAAUGGGAUUGCUGAGCGCCGCAUUGGCAUGGUCAUGGAUGUCGCUCGUACGUCCAUGAUGCAUGCGGCUGCCCCCCAUUUUCUGUGGCCGUUUGCGGUGAGGUACGCGGCGCAUCAGCUCAACCUUCACCCCCGGGUCUCUCGGCCUGCGAUGUCCCCAGCCCUGCUGUGGACGGGGAAGGUUGGCGAUGCGUCUGUGUUCCGUGUUUGGGGAUCUCGGGCGUUUGUCCGCGACUUGUCUGUGGACAAGCUGUCCCCUCGUGCUGCUCCCUGUGUCUUCCUUGGCUUCCCCACUGACGCCCCAGGGUGGCAGUUUUACCACCCCUCCUCUCGUCGUGUUCUGUCCUCCCAGGACGUCACGUUCGACGAGUCAGUCCCCUUCUACCGUCUCUUCCCCUACCGCACUCCUUCCCUCCCCCCUCCCCCGGACUUCCUUGUGCCGGUUCCCCCCCCGGUAGACCCCCUCCCCCCAUCAGGUUCCUGCCCCCUCAGGUGUGUCCCAGGUAGACGCCGUUGA